AGGCUUUAUCAAGAGCUGGAGGGACCAACCGCCAGCUCUCUCUGGGGACAAGCUGCCAUGGAACUGAGGUGUGGGAUGAGGACCACCAAGUGCCAGCUGCUGGUGACCAGCCUCUGUGUCAUGCUGCUGGGGCUCUCCAUUGCCACGCUGAGCACAGUCACCCACUAUGGGCUCCGUUUCACCCUCAUUAGCAAUGUCUCCCUGGACAGCAACACCUACAAGGUCAUCCACCACACAGCUUUCUACUUCGGGAUCUGCCUGAGCAUGACCCUGAUCCUGGCAGCCCUGCUGAGCUCUGCCGCCACGGUGCGGGAAUCGCAGUGCCUCACUGCCAUGGGAUUUUUCUGUUUUGCUCUGGCCUUUUGUGGAUUGAUCCCAGCUGCCUGCUGGAGAUACACACACAGCACGGAGGUGGAAGACAGUAUGAUGGAUGUGUAUGAUUUUGUGUACGAAGAGGUGAGGAGGAACACCUCCAGCUUCAGGAGGCACGAGCUGACUGCCAUCCAUGAAGCAUUCCUUUGCUGUGGGAAGCACUCUCCUUUUGGGGACACAACUGAUGUUGAGAACAAGACAUGCCCACCCAACCAAGUGCAUGAUGAAGGACAGGACUGCCUGCAAGAGAUCCAGGACUUUCUGAAGAAGCACAUGGACUUUGUCUUCUCGCUCCUGGGCAUCGCCAUUGGCUUCACGGUUUAUGGGAUGUUCCUAACUUCAUUCCUCUGGUUCUCCAUCCACUUCAGCAGCAACCUGUACCGGAAAGGCAAAUACAUCCUGCGAGAGAGGUAGAAACCUGAUGCCUGGGCAUCCCUACCAGGCAGAGCCAGCUCUUGGCACAGGAAGAUGUCUGAAGUCACCCACAAAAUGCCCUGGGAAGGUAUUGCGUGGGGUCAGGUGGUGGGAUAUGUGUCAUACAUUUCCCUGUCCUGCACUACAACUGGGCUCAGAGAUGCAGAUUCCCUCGAUAGGAGAAGUAUGGGCUGUGGCUCCACAAGGACACGAGGAGUUCUUUACAACCAAAUGGAGAGAAAAGCCCAGCAAAAAUCACAGCAUUAAACCAAACUUCUCUCGUGCUGUCAUCUGAGCUGUUCCCUGUGAUCCCCAAAGAUGCAAUGUUUCUAGGAAGAUGGCUUUGAAUCACAGCCCAGGAUCAAUGUUGCACUAUCAGUAAAUAAAUGACAGAAGUGUGUCACCACUAAUGGGAAAUGUGCUCUCCCAGCCUGGACACUUGCAAUGAUUAACUUUGGGCAUGUUUCUGAUCAUGCUGGAUGCUACAUAGGCAUCCAAUGACUGUCAGCUAGUUUUCCCAUUUUCAAGUGUUGCCAAAUGUAUAGAACUUUUGGUGGAGAUCAGGACAAAAAGUCAGAAAGUAGUGAAUGAGCUUUGAAACAACUGACCAACAGAAGGACAUAUUUCUGUUAUUCCUCCUUGCUAAUGCAACACAAUUUUUUUUUUUUUAAAUUCAUAGGAUUUAGUCAGCCUCCUAAAUCUUCAUGCCACACUGAUUUCACAUGGGCUUGUUAAGCCACACCUGUGUCUAAUUCUGGGCCUCUCAGUUUAGGAAGGAUGUUGAGAUGCUCAAACAUAUUCAGAGAAGGGCCAGAAAGCUGGUGAGAGGUCUAGAGCACAAGCUCUGAAGAGUGGCUGAGGAAGCCGGUGUUAUUUAGCCUGGAAAAAAAAGGAGUCU